AUGAGCACUGCAUGGUUUGGGAUCUUUCUGGGAGCACUCGAUUCGACCAUCAUUGUGACUCUCUCGGGACCAAUCUCGAGCGAGUUCAAUUCCCUCGGCCUACUCGCCUGGCCCGCCACGGCAUAUCUCAUCGCCAAUGCAGCUUGCCAGCCCAUCGCCGGUCGACUGACGGAUUUAUUCGGAAGACGCCUCGGCCUCGCCCUGAGCAACGUCUUGUUCGCCGUGGGAAACCUGCUCUGUGGUCUCGCAACGAAUCAGUAUGUCAUGAUACUCGGGCGCGUCGUCGCAGGCGUCGGAGGAGGGGGAAUGAUCAGCAUCGCCACAUUCCUGACCUCUGAUCUCACGCCGCUUCGCAAGCGAGGCAUCAUGCAGGCCAUUGCCAACCUGUGGUUUGGCGCGGGUGCCAUGCUCGGAGCGGUCAUUGGCGGCCUGCUCCACGAUCACACCAACACCGGCUGGAGGCUCGCCUUCCUCGCCCAGGUAACGUCCGCAUUACUACUCGUUCUCGCCGUCUGGAUGCUGGUCAAGGUGCUAAAGAAGCAGUCCGACAAGACGUACCUUGCUCAGACCGACUUCCUUGGCGUCUUCUUCACCUCUCCGCCCAAUAGCUCUCAAUCCAGGCAUCAUUGGCAUGCCUCAGCAAGGCGCCGUCUUCUGAAAUCUUCUUUGCUCUUCUUUACGUUGCAGCAGGCUUGA